AGUACUCAAAUUAUGGAUCGAUAUGUAGCUCAAAUACUCUAAGGGAAAGGCUAGUUGCUUUGACUUGUGGUUUAUGAAAUGACUAGUUCGACCUGAUAAGUACUUGGGAGGAUUAAUUGUAGUUCUCAGAAGGCGUAUGAGAAUUUUUUAAUUAAAACUGGGAUUAUGCGGAAAUUCUAUGGAGAGAGUGAUGUCAGUUUUAUCAUGUUAUCUCAAUGUCCCUGCCCCAAAAAUGAUCUGCUGUCUAUAAUUCACAAGGUUGAAUGUCACUUAUUAUUCAACGUGAGUUUGAGCCAUACCUGCGUACGGCCUGACUCAGAUUUAAAUUCGAACUGAUAUGCCAUUAUCUAGCGUGAUGGCAUGGGGAAUUGUCGCCCAUUUUACUUGACAAGAGCACUGACAGUCGGUACUCUCAGUGUUAUACGUACUACCAGUGUUGAAAUAUCACAACAAUGUGCACAAACCAAAACUGAAGGGGGGCAUUGCUGAAAAAAACAAUGGUUCCUCUACCACAGUGUCAAAACUCAUAGCCUUAUCAGCUGUCCAAACAAGAAUAAAAUAUUGGAGCACCAUCUCUGAAAUGAGAAACAGAGAAAAUAACUGGUCUAUCACCAGCCAGAAUUUUGAUAUGUGUCAAUGAAAUCUUCCAUGUGGUCACCAAAUAGACAUUACUGUUAAAGGAUUUUUUUCCUUCCCCGUCAGUGAAAUCCUUCGUGUGGUGAAUAUUGACACCCAAAAGAGAUCUUUUACCAAAAGUGCUUAAGUUCCUCCCCCCAACGCUAACUGCAGGAUGGAUGGAUUCAGAAGAAGCCAGUUCAUUAUCUCUCCACCUGCCAUCCUUAAGGCCGGUGAAAUGCUGAUCCUGGUGACUGGCAUGAUCCUCUUUCUGGCGGAGAACAGCUGUCCUGGAGACGGCACCUUCCUCGCGAUGUACCUGUUACCGUGCGGCGUGUGUCUGGCGGCGACGCUUGUGUCUUACGUCACGGCGGUCUUGGUUCUCGUAGGAGGCAGGAACCCGCUGACUACCCCCACGUGGGUUAAGGGGGACGUAUGGUUCAACGUGUGUGCCUUAGUUCUGAUGCUCGUGGGCUCCGUCCUCACGCUCACCAGAAACGAAUGCUCCAAUAACUAUCCCAUUGUCAUCGCCGCCAUAGCCUUAGGAUUCAUCUCAGUGAUCCUGUACGCGAGCAGCGGCGCCGUGACGUAUGUGAUACUGGUCAGGCACCAGGAGGGUGUGAAGGCGGCUCAGAGGGCGCAGCUGGAGGACCGGCGCGUCACGCUUAGUGCCCUUGCCUGAAAGUGUGAUGUCAUGCCGCGUCGACGCCAUGCAAGGCGGGGGGGGGGCUGUUCUUUAUGAAGAUACCCUACGGGGAUAAAGAACUGCGGGAGGAAGAAUGUGCCUCGCCCUAAAGAAUGUGAUGUUCAGUGCGCGUUUUUUUCAUAUUUAUAUUGUAUACUUAUCAGUACUGUUACUUGUUGUAUAUAGGAUGUCACAGUUUCUAAGAAUUACACAGUUACAUAAUGAAUAUUAUACUAAAAUAUGCUAGAUAAUUGAGAAGUCAAUCUAAUCUUCAAAUAUCCGAAAUUUGUUUAUACAAGUCUACCUACAAACUUGGAGCAUAACCAAAAACUGCGUUCUCUGCCUUGACACCCGAAUCGCAGUUUCAGUUGGAUUGGUGGAAGCAUGUAACUGUUACAUAUCACAUAAAAGCUGCAUAAAUGUUAUAUGUGUCUGAUAGUUGUGCUGCUGAAUUAUAUAUAUUUAUUUACGUUAUGUCGUUCUUGAAAAAAAUGCUUGCCCACUGUGUUACUGCGCUAGAGUAAACAUAGUCGGGGACCAGGUGAAAAUGCUGAUUCAAAACAACGAAGGUGUUCCUCUGUCCAAAAUCGGAUACCCCAAUUCUAUGACGCAUGAAGAUAAGUUUUGCAGUUUUGUAUUUUAUAAGAUGAUGCAAGAUAUUUUCCGUACAUGAUCCGAACAAGGUUUUAAUCCACAGUCGAAAAGGAAGUUUAAUUCAGAUGUAUUUCAAAGUAUCUUCACUAAUCAAUGCAUAUGCAUCCUGGUGAUAAUUUUCUAAUAUUUCUUUUCUUAUAUAGAGACCAAUAACUGUCCCGAUUUCGAAGAUAAAAUAUAUCUGUAUUUUGUGAUACUGAUGUUAAUUACAUAUGUAAGUCGACUCAUGUCAAGCAGUACUAGUACCCUGUACAAUGUAACACUAUUUACAAUAAUAAAAUGUUUCCACAUUA